CCCCCGGGAGCACCGGUUUGCCCGGCACCAAUGAAGGCAACAUCAAAUGGAAUGUUCCAGGGUGAAAGUCCUUUUGAUUUUGCCGUUCCCCUCGCAAUCUUCCAGAUAUGUCUGGUUAUUGCUUUUACAAGAUCCCUGGCUUUCAUUCUCAAGCCCAUGAGACAACCAAGAGUUAUUGCAGAGAUCAUUGGAGGAAUACUACUGGGGCCAUCUGCUUUUGGGCGAAAUCACAAAUUUCUGGACAAGGUUUUCCCGAAGAAGAGCUUGACAGUUCUGGACACACUUGCUAACAUUGGGCUUAUCUUCUUCAUGUUUCUUGUGGGUCUUGAGCUGGACAUGCGUGCCAUUCGUCGAGUAGGCAAGAAGGCCCUAGCAAUAUCCAUAGCUGGUAUCACCCUCCCUUUUGUCAUUGGCAUCGCUACAUCAUUUGUUCUAAGCUCCACCAUAUCCAAAGGAGUUGAUCAUCUCACUUUCCUUGUCUUCAUUGGUGUCUCAUUAUCAAUCACCGCAUUCCCGGUCCUGGGUCGUAUCCUCACCGAGUUAAAGCUUCUCACUACCGACGUGGGCCGCAUGGCCAUGUCCGCAGCUGCUGUUGAUGAUGUCACUGCCUGGAUACUCCUCGCACUUGCCAUAGCUCUCUCCGGAAAAACCUCUUCUCCACUUAUUUCUGUAUGGAUCUUACUCUGUGGGAUUGCGUUUGUGGUGGGUGCUUUCCUGUUGAUAAAACCCGCACUGGCACUCAUGGCUCGACGCUCCGCCGAGAAUAAUGAUGAGCCAGUCAAAGAGCUCUACAUAUGUAUCACAUUGGCCCUGGUAUUGGCUGCAGGUUUCAUCACAGACCUCAUUGGGAUACAUGCCAUUUUUGGGGCUUUUGUGAUUGGCAUAUUGGUACCCAAGGAUGGUCCCUUCGCAGGGGUUUUGAUAGAAAAGAUUGAGGACCUUGUGUCCAGCCUUUUUCUACCGCUAUACUUUGUGUCUAGUGGCCUCAAAUUGAAUAUUGGAACCAUAAAUGGAGCUCGAUCAUGGGGACUGGUUGCACUUGUCAUAUUUAAUGCUUGUUUUGGAAAGAUUGUUGGGGUUGUUGGGGUAUCUCUACUCUUUAAGACGCCUUUCAGAGAGUCUUUGACACUUGGAUUCCUCAUGAACACUAAGGGUUUGGUUGAACUUAUCGUUCUCAAUAUCGGCAAGGACAGAAAAGUGUUGAAUGACGAAGCUUUUGCCAUAUUAGUUCUCAUGGCCUUAUUCACAACUUUCAUCACUACCCCGAUUGUGAUGGCUAUUUAUAAGCCCGCGAGAAAGGCCGCACCCUACAAGCACAGGACGGUUGAACGAAAAGACAUUGACACAGAGCUUCGCAUCCUUACCUGCUUCUAUGGCACCGAAAACAUCCCUGCCAUUGUCAAUCUCAUUGAGUCAUCCCGAGGGACUCGACGUCAAGGAUGCCUAUCCGUAUAUGCCAUGCACCUAAAGGAACUCUCUGAACGAUAUUGUUCAGCCAUCUCCAUGGUCCAUAAACCGCCCAAAAAUACAAUCCCCUUCCUGAACAAGAAAUGUGACAAUAAAGAACAUAUGGUUAUCACAUUUGAGGAAUAUCAGCAGCUCAGCAGGGUCACUCUGCGCCCGAUGACUGCCAUCUCGGCUCUUGAUGACAUCCAUGAAAACAUCUGCACCAGCGCCAAGGAAAAGCGUGCUGCCAUGAUCAUACUCCCAUUCCACAAGCACCAGCGGCUAGACGGUGUGAUGGAGUCACUCGGACACUCGAUUCAUGUGGUAAACCAGCAAGUCCUCUGUCAUUCACCUUGCUCGGUGGGAAUACUUGUCAAUCGCGGCCUUGGUGGCACCACUCAAGUCUCUGCCAAGGACGUGUCCUACACCAUAGCGGUGCCAUUUUUUGGUGGACGUGAUGAUCGUGAGGCGCUCGCUUACGGUUUCAGAAUGGCUGAGCAUCCCGGGAUCAAGCUCACCGUCUUAAAGUUGGUGAGUACUCAAGGGAAGGAAAAAGAUGGUGACAACGACAAUGACAGUGACGAGGCCUUCAUCUCCGAGUGUACAGCAAGAAAUAAGAACGAGUCGACAUCUAUUGAGGAAAAACAAGUGGGAAGUAAUGCGGAUAUAAUUGAUGCAUUGACGUCAAUUAACAAGUGUAAUCUGAUUUUAGUGGGAAGAGUGCCUAGGAAUGUGCCGGAGUUAGGAGAGACAAGCAGCGAUUGUCCAGAACUAGGGCCUGUGGGAAGCUUCUUAGCGUCCUCUGAAUACUCCAACACUGCAUCUGUGUUGGUGGUUCAACAGUAUCAUCCCAACUCAAACCGACAGUGUCUGGUAGAAGAAGCUUAGACAGCUGGA